CAAUUCCUUGUUAGGCAAUGGGCAUCUGUACAACCGAUCCUACUAUUAUACGAUACCACCGCUUGGACAAAAGCCAUCUCUGGACAUAUGGGCGCCUCCUCAUCCGAAUCGGCGUCUCUGAAACCUGCGCCAUCGUCUCCAGAGAUCCAAUCAUUGAGCAUUAGAGAUGCCACCGAUGAGGAUCGCGAGCUCGCGGGGAAAAUCAAAGCACAAGCUAAUAAAGCGUUUACAGGCCAUAAUUUUACUGCAGCAAUUAAGCUGUACUCUGAGGCGAUCCAGCUGAAUCCAAUGGAUGCAACCUUCUGGUGUAACCGCGCCGCAGCGAGAACGAAAUUAGAAGAGUAUGGUUUCGCACUCGCGGAUGCUUCGAAGGCUGUUGAUAUAGAUCCGAAGUAUGCCAAAGCAUACUACAGACGCGCGACAUGCUACCUCCAACUUGCGAAGCCGCAGAUGGCCGUUUUAGAUUUUAAGAAGGUACUCGCAUUAGAACCACGAAAUGAUACUGUCCGGGCACAGUUGACAGCCACUCAAAAACUUGUGCGGAAGAUUGAGUUUGAGAAGGCAAUUGAGAUGGAAGAAGAAAAGAAUGCCGUAGAGCGAUGCUUAGAGAUUAUUGGAGAAGGCAACUGCGACGUAGAACGUGACUACGUUGGCCCGGAGAUGCCAAAGUCGGGCGACGGGAAAUACGCCAUAACGCAGGACUUCGUAACCCAGAUGAUUGACUGGUUCAAGGAGGGGAAAAAGAUUCCGCGAAGAGUCGCAUGGGAGAUCGUCCUUGGAGCACAUGCCCAGUUUAGCAAGGAGGAGAGUUUGGUUCAAAUCAAUUUGGGCGAGGGAGAGACCUGCGAUGUAAUCGGAGAUGUCCAUGGUCAACUUUAUGAUCUCCUGCACUUAUAUUCCCUUACGGGCGCUCCGAAGGCGGAUCAUUAUCUGUUGAUGAACGGAGACCUUGUUGACAGAGGGUCCUGGUCUAUCGAGGUCAUCUUGAUCGCAUUUGCCUACAAAUGGUUAUACCCGAAUCGGAUGUUUAUCAACAGAGGGAACCACGAAGCGAAGGAGAUGAAUCGGACGUAUGGCUUCGAGGGCGAAGCCAAGCAUAAACAUGGAGAGCAGACAUACAAGCUAUUCGCUCAUGUUUUCACCACUAUGCCACUAGCGACACUUGUCAGCGCAACUGAAAGGCCUGGAAACAUCAAUUCCAAAAUGAUCUUGUCACCAGAAGGUUUUAAACGGUAUUUCGUUGUUCAUGGUGGUUUGUUUAGCAAGGACAACGUCACUCUGGAUGACGUUCGUAAGAUACCACGAAUAGGAAGGCAGCCGGGCCAAGAAGGAUUGAUGUGCGAGCUCCUUUGGACCGAUCCACAAGAGGCACCAGGUCGUGGUCCAAGUAAACGGGGUGUCGGCAUUUCUUUUGGGCCGGAUGUUACAAAAGCCUGGUGCACUCUCAACGGUGUGACUGGAGUCAUCCGGAGCCAUGAAGUGAGGGCAGAUGGCUAUGCCGUCGAGCAUGACGGUCUCUGCAUAACGGUUUUCUCUGCUCCAAAUUACGUCGAUCAAGUUGGUAACAAGGGGGCAUAUAUCCGAAUAGACGCGUCAGGAGACUUAAGGUACCACCAGUUCGAGGCACAACCUCACCCGCCAAUAAAGCCUAUGGCGUACGCCAUGGGAGGGUUGGCAAGUUUGAUGAUGUGAGGAUAAACUAUGGAAGGAAAUUCCAGAUCCUGGAGUGAUUUCACUGAGGUUUGCGUAGAUAGUUGUGCAUCGUGAGAAUCCCAUUUGUAGUAAUUGCUGUGGGUGCCAAGUUAGUCAACAAUUCUCAAAUCCUCGACACUCA